UUUUGUGAACGUGAAUACGAGCGGAAGUAAAUACUCGAAGGCGAAGUAGCAACUAAACGUGGAUGCCACUUUAUUUUAACAGAUUAAAAAGCAGCUACACAUUACGGCUUUGAUUAGUUAAUCGGUACAAUUCGUCAUUUUGCUCUCUUUGAUUUUAACAGUAAUUUUGUUGGUCCCGAAAUUGUUUUUGUGCGCGUUUAGGGCCUGCAAAGACACAUAUGCUAAGACAACUAAGCUAUCGAACGUUAUCGCGGUAAGUUAGCUAAGGGCGCUGUUAGCAUCAAGGUUUCUGAAUGCCAGCAGGUGAACUGGAAAGUUUGACUGGUGUGUGCGGGUCCUGCUUUUAAACUAAUAAGUAGCCUCGAUUUAGCAAGCCUCAGGUCGGGCCGCGGUGGAGGGAAAGUUCAGGUGGAUUGAAGAUGUUAAUUGACAACCUCGAUGCUUUAAAAACAUGGCUGUCUGAAACCCUGGAGCCCAUUUGUGAUGCUGACCCCUCUGCUCUCGCAAAAUAUGUUGUUGCUUUGGUGAAGAAGGACAAAAGUGAAAAGGAACUGAAAGCCCUGUGUAUUGACCAAUUGGAUGUUUUUCUGCAAAAAGAGACCCAGCCAUUUGUGGAUAAGCUUUUCGAAGCCAUCGACAACAAAAGCUACCUCCCACUGCCAGAACAACCACAAGUCAAAGUUGAGAAGGAAGAGCAGAAGAAAGAUGAGAUACAAACAAAUCGUGAAGAAGAAAAAGACAAGAAGUUUCCUCGCCGGAUAAAUCAUAGUCCUCUUCAGUCAAGCUCACGCUACGGCAGAGAUGGCAGGCGAGGAGAUGACCGCAAGAGAGACGAUCGCUCCAGGAAGAGAGAUUACGAUCGUAUGCCACCAAGGAGGGACUCUUACCGUGACCGCUACAACCGCAGAAGAGGCCGCAGCUACAGCCACAGCCGAAGUCGCAGCCGAAGUUGGAGCAAAGAGCGCAUCCGAGACCGUGACAGAGAGCGGGAAAGAGACAGGGACAGGGACAGAGAUCGUGACCGCAGUAGGAGCCGGUCUUUAAGCAGAACUCGGUCCAGAAGCAGGAGCCGAGACAGAGAAUCAGGGAAGCUGAAGUACGACCAUGAGCGCCCUGACAGGCCAGAGAGCGCUGACGUCUACACCCCAGCAGUGCUUGUUUCUACUGCAACACCUUCCCACUUCCCCAACCCGACAGUGAGCAGCACCAUUACGGUCAUCGCCCCGACUCAUCAUCAUAACACCACCAACGAGAGCUGGUCAGACUUUCGUCCCGAGCCCCCUGUGGAUCGUGGACCUUUCAAUCGUGGUCUGCCUCUUCAAAGGAAAAGGUGUAGGGACUAUGAUGAAAAGGGGUUAUGCAUGCGAGGGGACAUGUGUCCGUUUGAUCAUGGGAGCGAUCCAGUCGUCGUGGAGGACGUCAAUCUGCCCAGUAUUUUGCCCUUCCAGCCUCCACCAAUCCCAGGCGUGGACCAACCACCCCCACCAGGCCUUCCACCCCCACCACCAUUAUUGAACCCCCCACCUGUGAACCUUCGACCCCCGGUACCCCCACCAGGUGCUCUUCCACCGAGUCUUCCUCCGGUUGCAGGUCCUCCUCCACCACUUCCUCCAUUGCAGCCUGCAGGCAUGGAUGCUCCUCCCAUUUCUAUCACCAGUUCUGUUCCCACCAUCGUCACGUCUGGGAUGCGCCCGUCCCUUCCUCAAGCCUCAGGGCCACUUUUCGCCCCUGAUCACUAUGACACUGACGUGUACAAUCCUGAGGCUCCCAGCAUCACCAGCACCUCCAGGCCGAUGUACCGUCACCGGGUCAACGCUCAAAGACCCAAUCUGAUUGGCCUCACAAUGGGGGAGAUGGACCAGCCAUUGAGAGACAAGAUUCCCAACAACAACAUGAGGAUCGUUAUGGAAUCUGACUCGAGGAAGAGAUCCGCUCCCUCUCAUGAUGGAGGCCCAUGCAAGAAACCUUGGUUUGACAAACCCAACUUCAACAAACUAAACCACCAGGGCUACCAUAAAAGAGCUCAGUUCUCCCCCAACGCCAAGCUGCUUGUUCGGCAAAUUCCACCUGAGCUCAACAACAUCAGCAAACUCAAUGAGCAUUUCAGCAAGUUUGGCACCAUUGUCAACUUGCAGGUGGCCUAUCAGAAUGACCCGGAGGGAGCUCUGAUCCAGUUCACCUCUCCUGAAGAGGCCAAGCGAGCUAUGCAAAGCACCGAAGCUGUUCUCAACAACCGCUUCAUCAAAGUCCACUGGUUUCGUGAUGACAUGAGUGACGGACUGGGCCAGUCCCGGCCACAGCAGCUUCACCCCCAGCCGCAGUCAUCCAUGUCGUCAGCCACAACUCUCAAGCAGUCUGUGAAGGAUCGACUCGGACCCCUAAUGCCUCCAAACUCAGAGCCCACUCAGGAUUCCAGCGUAGCCUCUCAGAAUGCCUCUAAAGUGUCAGUUAAAGAUCGUCUAGGUUUCUCUCCCAAACUUGCUGCUCCUGUGGAAAAAGUGUCUGCAACAUCGAUGGGGAUCACAAAGACUGUGUAUAAUCCUGCUGCUAGGAAGCCUUUCCAGAGGACCUCAGAGGAAGCUCUGAAAAAGAAGCAGGAGGCCCUAAGACUACAGCAGGAUGUGAGGAAGAAGAAACAGGAAAUAUUGGAGAAGCACAUUGAGACACAGAAGCUCCUGAUUUCCAAACUUGAGAAGAACAAAACAAUGAAGGCAGAAGAUAAAGCCAAGAUCAUGGAAACUUUGGGCACAUUAACCAAAAGCAUAACAAAACUGCAAGAAGAGAUAAAGGGAAUCUCCAGCAGCAGCAGCCUUCUACGAACCGCCAAGAGCAAAGCUCAGGCACAGAAGGAGCUGCUUGAUGCAGAGCUUGAUCUGUAUCAGAAGACUCAGGCUGGAGAGGACACAGCUUCUUUAAAGCGGAAGUACACCCUUCUUCAAAUUGAGGCAGCUAAAAGGGGGAUUCUGUCACCAGGACGAGGCCGCGGCGUCCAUUCCCGGGGACGUGGCACUGUCAGAAGCCGGGGGAGAGGAUCCAGAGGUCGUGGACGGGGCGUUCCGCUGCAUGCAGUUGUGGACCAUCGACCUCGAGCGCUGGAAAUUUCUGGUUUCACCGAUGCCGACUGUGUGGACUUACUUCCCCAUUUUGCUCAAUUUGGAGAGAUUGAAGAUUGCCAGAUUGACGAGAACAAACUUUCUGCAGUCGUCACAUACAAGACGAGAGCGGAGGCCGAGCAGGCAGCUCUGCACGGACUGAGAUUUAACAGCCAGACUUUACGCCUGGCCUGGCAUAAGCCUGCCACCACUCUCGGUACAGCAGAUGCAGAAGAAAAAGAGCCACCGGAAGAUGAGUACCCGGAGGAGUCGCUGAGUGACGAUGCAUUCCUGCAAGACGACGACGAGGAAGAAGACGACAACGAGCCUCGUUCCUGGCGCAGAUGAAGCUCCCUCCGACGCUCACUGGUGUGGACGAAGAGCGAUGAUCCAGCAUAAUUUCAGUGCUUGUUCAGGAAUUAGAAAGGCACAUUUUACUUUGGAUAGACCUUUUUCCUCUAACACAUAGCUGACUAGCAGAAGAAACUUGUGCAGUUUGAUUUUAACAUGUAAACCAGAUAAACGGUGCAGUUUCUUUUAGUGCUCUUACAGUAGAUUUGUUUUGGUUCUCAAAGUGCAUUGUUAAAUCUGGCCACUCAGACACAUUAGUUGAGCGCUCAAUAAAAAAAAAAAGACUUGUGUUGUGAUUUAACUCAACAGAUGGUAGUUUUUCUGCAGAAUAGUAUUAAGUUGCUUUUGUGUAAAUAUUUUAUGUCCUGGUUUGUAAUUUGUAUGAAAGUUUGGCUUCUUAUUUCUUGGCUUUACUUUGGAUUGUACAAAAAAAAAAUAAAGAAAUUGAAAUGGUCUGAAAUCAACCUGCCAGAAAACCAAAAGAAAAAAUACAAAAAAAAUACAAAAAACCCCCAAAACAAACUGGCAGUGUGAAAAAAAGUAUGCUCUACAAAAAGAGCUGAAAAAAAAAUACCAAAGACCAUUUCAAGAAAACAAAAAAAACUUCCUCUUCACCUUAAGAGCAAACUUCCUAAAAAGGUUCAUUCAAUGGUAAAACUAACAUUUGGACCGGUAAGGUAAAUCAGAUUGCACUUUCAUGCAAAGGUAAGAACGUAAUUACAAUUUUGGUAAGUCUAAAUCUUUCAUAUUCCGCUAAUCAAACAUUUUUUCUCUUUCAGAGUCAUCGGGGUUUCCGCUCACAACACUUUGUUUCCAAAUAUCUUCAACUUUUAUCAGAUUUCAUCUUGGAUUUGUCUCGAUCUGUUUUGUUGUGGAAUCAAGUGUUGCUGUGAUGGCAAUAAUAUUUUUGAUAAAUGUUUAUUCUGUUUACCA